UUUUGUUAUUUGCGGCAGUGAUUUAAAGACGUAGAAAAUAAAUAAAAAUUAAAAAAAAAAAAAACAUUUUGUUUUUUAAUUGGAAUGUAAACAAAAAAGAAAAAAUGAUUCAGAAAAAUAUUUUAUUUAACAUGUUUAACAGUUUCAGGGCUUUUAGUCCAAAACCUCCAACUCAACAGCAAAUCGAUUUAAUGACAAGAGGAUUACCGAAAAAAGCUCCAAUACCUGGUGUAAACAAUAUUAUUGUGGUUGCCUCUGGUAAAGGAGGAGUUGGAAAAUCAACAACUGCAGUUAAUCUUGCAGUAACAAUGGCGGCAUUAGGAAAAAAAGUCGGUCUUCUAGAUGCAGAUGUUUUUGGGCCAUCUGUGCCUUUAAUGAUGAAUAUAUCAGAAGAACCAAUGGUGGACGAUCAGAACUUUAUGAUACCACCAAUAAACUAUGGUGUUAAAUGUAUGUCAAUGGGGUUGCUUUCACAAACUGGAGCAAUAAUUUGGAGAGGACCUUUGGUAAUGUCUGCAACUCAAAGAUUAAUUCGUGGUGUAGUUUGGGCUCCGUUAGAUAUUCUUGUUGUUGAUACCCCGCCAGGGACGGGUGAUGUUCAUAUAUCAUUGGCACAAAAUAUACCAAUUGAUGGUGUGAUUUUAAUUAGUACACCACAAACUGCUGCUCUAGAAGUAACAACAAGAGGUGGAGAAAUGUACAAAAGAUUAGGUGUUCCAAUAAUUGGUAUGGUCGAAAAUAUGAGACAUGUUGUUUGUGCUAAUUGUAAAAAUGAAAUUCAAAUAUUUCGUAACGUAACUGAAAGCUUCGCAAAUAAAUUAAAUGUAAAAAUUUUGGUUAGUAUUCCAUUAGAUCAAGCGAUUACAGAAGGUGGUGAUUGUGGAACACCACUUGCGGUCAAAUCACCGGAUUCAGAAUAUUCAAAAAGCUUACAAGUUUUAAGCAGGGAAAUUUUCUCAUUUUUAGAAAAUCAUAAAAAACAAACUGCAAAAGUAGACUGAUGUUAAAAACUUUUUCUCAAUUCAAUUUGAGCAAAAAAGAAGAAUAAUUUUUUUUUUGUUUUUUUCUUUUAUUUUUGGUAGAGAAAAAUACAAAAAUUUUUCGACUUCCUAAAGUACCUUUAAAUUUUAAUUUUUGUAAACCGAAUAACUGAAUAGAAGCUAAAAUUAAGAUAAUCCUAAGCUAAAUCAU